CAUAACUAACUUUGAGGGUCAGAAUAACGAUCAAAUCGUUGUUGGGUGGAUGGUGUCUCCGCCUCGGUAUAACGACUCUAAAACUCAUCUUUCUACGGGUUGGGUGAAAGAUGGAGCACAUAAUUCAAUAUGUCGCGACCUAGACUGUCCUGGUCUUCAGCUUGUGAGUGGGUCUCCCAUAUUCCCUAGUGAUAUCAUAUCCCCAGUCACUGAAGGCAACGGGGCACGGCAAACUAUUACCAUUAAAGUGCUCAAGGACAAGUCGAGUGGGGAUUGGUGGUUACACUGUGGCGUUAACGGCGACCCAAUUCCAAUUGGUUACUACCCGGCGUCUCUAUUUGACCGCUUAUCCAUGAAAGCAACUCAUAUCAUUCUUGGUGGCGUUGUUUCUAGGUCAGAAACUACAGGACUUCCUCCAAUGGGCAGUGGAGCCUUCGCCUCCUCUGACUCGGACAAGGCCGCGGUGAUCCGUGACAUUCAACUAAUCGACCAGGAUGGCAGAAGCACCCCGAUUGGCGAUGAUAUGCCCGCACAAAUCACCGACUUCAGGAUUUAUUCCGUGUCGCCAAUGGUAGGAUCAAAAUUCUCAUACGGAGGGCCAAGAAAAGUAACUAAUAAUCAGGGGAGUGACCGAGCGGGCACAGACCAUCAUACCCAUGAAGAUACAAUCAAACAUGUGAAUUAA